AUGGACGAAAUCCCAUUUCCCACAUGGGUGCGGCGUUCGCCGGUCUUUGCAAUGACGCGGGUGCUGGGCCAACACCUGCUGCAACAGUUGCAACCCACGCGUGUAGAACCAACAGGACCAGUCGUGGUGGAAACUACAACCACAAACAUCACAACAAAAAGGGCAGGGACUGCGUCGUCGUCGCCCAUACGGCGAAAAUGCGGGGAGGUUACUCCUCUCAACACGAGGUCUCUUAGCAACUCCGAAUACUUUUCUCCAGUAAGAUUAUUUGGCUUAGACGAGCAAAAUACAGGGGUUUUUGUAGACAAUGUUGCGCGGCUUAACGAAACAAACACAACUUCUAACGAGUUUGGGGUGCAGCAGCGCUCUUGCAACUCCACGGGGAUGCGGUUGGGCGACGUUCUGAGCCACCCGGGCGUUGCGCUACUGAUUAGUUUGUCGCAGAUCAACGAGCUCGUGUCACAAAAGGUCGGGGUGACUGUCAAGAACGCCCCAGCUUUGGUUUCCCUCAUGGCUCUUGCAGUUGAGUGGCGUUUUUUGCCGUAUGAAUACACCAAAGGGUUUUAUUCUGAGUGCGCCUCCUUUUACACAUUGUUGAUGCGUCAGCUUGGAACCACAAAGUUUUUCCCAGGUGUUGACGUGCAGGGAUUUGUGGCGUCGCUUGUAUUUUGUGGGAUGCUGCUGCUGCGGGGCAACGGAGAGGGGCAGAAGGACGGUGAAAAGGAUGGGGAGGAGACGAAUGAUCAUGCCAGCCGCCGUGUCCACGAUGCGUACAUCAGCCAGAGCAGGGGGAGAAAUAUUGGUCUGGCAGGGUUUGAUGGCUGCAUCAUCGACUCCAUCAUCAUUUCCUGCAUUCCAUCCGAUAUUGACGAGUGCGUUGAGAACCCCAUUGCUCUUGGUGCUCUGAAUGGACUCGCCCACACAACGAAAAGUGAACCCAUUUUUCUGAGCUCGCAGCUGCUGAAUCAUUUACAAAAUUUGACAGACGCCUUUACAAAUUCAUCCAGGCGAAGGGAACCGUUGCACAAGCGGCUUCUUUGUUACCUCAUGGAGGCGAUUUGCUGCGCUCGAGGUGUAAAUUACACGCGCAUGCGCAACUGGCUUCGGGCCGUGCUUCAACCGGAUUACGUAUUACGAGGCCUCAUGCAGAAAGAAGACCUGCAUGCGCGCGUGGUCGCCGCGAUGCUGACGCUCCUGACGGUGUGGAUUCAAGACUCCGUAACAACAUGUACGGUAAAAUACAAAGGUGCGGGUGAUGCUCAAGACGAAAUCUCUUCAUUUUUCUCCCGCGAAGAAUGCACAGAGGCUGAUGCACUUCUAGAGAGUGUUUGGUCUGCCCUCCAAGAGGCUGCGAGCCGAUGGGAGGAUCUUCGAAAGACAAACGUCAAACUCUACGGUGGUAACGUGCGCAUUGUCGUGAAAAAUUUAUUACAGGCAGAAUUGGUUCGUGCGCAGUGCUACAGAACCAUUAGUGGCAUGUAUCAAGAGCAACAAGUGCAGCAGGGGGAUAAUACCUGGACAGGAAGUUAUUUGCCUUCAGCCGAGGAGGAAGAUCUCCGCCUCCGUGUGAUUGGAAACAUCGUUAAAUUUCUUAUCCUUCCGACGAGCAUGUUUAGUUUCAUAACGGCGAAGGCGUCAGCGACCCGACUUCGACAGGACAUCGCCGAGCAAUGCGUAAAGGUCAUUGCGUUGACCACUUCUGCAGAGGGCAAAGCUAUCUCUCUUUGGAAAAACGUCUCCACACCCUCUACUGUGACGAAGGCACAGUAUUCACACAACUACCACAUCAAUAUUGAUGGCAUCGUCCGCGAGUUGAUCCACCGCGUACUGGAGGUUGGAACUUUGGAGACUUUUCAAGCCACGCCUCUGGAUGAAGAAGGGGAUGAAGGUCGCAUGGCGGCAUUAUGUCUUCAGGGACUUUGUGCCACAAGUUCCCAUGUGCGGUCCUUUGCGGUGACGGAGGUGUUGGAUUCCGUUGUGCGUCUCUCAACGGUGCUCCAGUCUGUUGAUGCCGAGAGUAGCAGCACGGAUAAAAACGCAUCGAUUUCGUCAAGCCGAGCUGCUCCGCGUUUAGCAGUGUGCUUUGAGAUGAUGAAUCGUCUGCUUGUGUCGCGGCACCUUUCCAUUUUGAAGCCGCUCACUUGUGAUGCCUUGUUACGCUUUGGAAAAGUUUUUUGGGACACGUUCGAGGACACCCUGCGAGUUCAUGUGCGUUCUGGCGAUCUCGCCAACCCCACGAUAAAGUUUCCCAGUGCCACGCUGCUGAUGGUUUUGGAAUCCUUCUGGGGACUUGUGCAGCGUUGUCACGAACGCAUUCGUGUCAUGACACGGGAGGGUCUUCGUCUUGUCGCUUCUGGGGAUGGGGAGGCAAAGGCACGCCUGGUUGAAGCGUUUAACGCGGAGAGCCGCGUCCUCCGUGUACUUUUGCGGACUUUACUGCGUUGCAUGAUUAAUGUUGCGUGGCCCGGGUCUGGCAUUCUCUACGGUAAAGCCUCCGAGAGGGGCACUCAUCAUCCGGCCGUGUUUGAUGUGCAACGUAUUGCCGUUGAGGUGCUGUCACUAUUUCUCCGUCCCCUCUGCUUGCUAUGCCAGCUUUCCACACUGUUUCCCGUGACGGAUAUCCGACACCUUGUGUAUCACCAUGAAAAUGCACAAAAGCUCACGCAGUUGGAUGAAGGGGAGUCUUUCUUGUACCACUACUGUUUUCAACCAUCUAAUAUCAACUCUUCUUUCUAUGCCGAAAAUGGGAUGGCACAGUUCCGUUCUUGUUGGCUCAUGUUAUCAUACUACCGUCUUACAAGAGAAGCACUCUUGCGGACCGAAACGGAUGCGACGAGUACUGCCUCAGACAAACUGCGCUGCCAGGAAAAGGGUUUAAAUUCAAUGGAUUGGACCAAAUGUAUACGAUUGCUUGCCGCGUCCAUGCCGCCUCUUAUGCAUAUGCGAUCCUCCGAUUAUCAGCAAACCAUGGCAGACAUAGAUGUUUUGAAACAUCGGUUAUUCAGCAGUGGUGAUUUAGGUGACGGUAAGUUUUAUCAGAAGGAGUUGGUGCGUUUUCUUCAACGCUACUGUCCAGAGGCCAAACAUGUAAUUAAGCGUCUUUCUUUUUCGGAGGCCUUUUUGAUAAAUGCUCUCGCGACAUUGGAGAUGCUACGUGCAUCAUGUGGCUCUAUCUCCACCAUAACGCAUUAUCAACAUUAUGAGCUACGGGAGUUUGAUGCCAGUAAGGAUAUUAGAAAAAUUGUGAAGCAUGUAACAAAGGCUGCCACGGCACGAUAUAUCUCUGCUCUCGGAGAAACGCUCCCGGAUUUUGCGGCGAGUAUCAUUGAUAAGAAUGCGCGGCAGCUUGUUUUGCUCUACGGAUUUGCUAUUGACUCUGUACGGAGUUCUGCAAAGGAGAUUCUUCGCAAUAUUAUUUCUAGCUUUCCCGCCUUUGCGACAAGCAGCACGGCCCUUCCUCUCUUGUGGGCGGUGAUCAAUGUGCUGGAGGUAGGGAACGCCACGGAGGUGGAACGUUUCUGUGAGCAUCUGCAGUUUCCAGAGGCGCCAGCUGUUGCCACGGAUCCUGAUUCUCUUGAACGGCGAAAUCGGCUACAGGAUGCUGUGGCAUUUGCGGAGUAUUGGGCCCAGGCGGCGCGUAAAUUCUCGCCUUUGGCACUUGUGGAGCACGCCACCUUAUUUAUUGUUGAGGAGGAGGCCACAUCUGGGGUGAUCGGCUCUGCUGCCGGCUCGAGACUUGCCCUUCGUGCACACAACAUGGACACUGCACCAGGCCAUCCUAACCAGAAUUACGCCCAAAUUCUCAUUAAGAGGAGCAAUGCCCAAGGGCAAGUGAUGGCAGCCUUUCGUUUGACUCCACAUUGUGGGGUGGGCGUUCUUCUUCUUCGCCAGCUUCAGGCGAUGGUGAGGGACAGGCUUGGAACGGUAACCGUGACCGCAAAGUCCCACGAGCGGCUUUUUGCGUCCUUGGUGAGCACCGUUCACGCGGUCACCAAGGUGGGGCCAUGUGCCGAAGACGAAGACUGCAACGACACCGGGACUGAGGCUGGUGAGGGGAUAUCGCAUGAAGAACCAUCCACGCGCGGCGACCAGGCUGCAUUACGAAGGCUUUCCGAGGCCGAUACGCUUCUUUGCACGGUUGCCGCAUUCUUGGUCUCCGCACGGAGUUCUCCUUCGACGCAAUUGGAACUUCUGUGGCAUCUUGUGCGGGGACCCAUUUUUUUGUUUUCAAGUCACUACAUAUCGGCUGCCAUUCAGGGUUGGCAGUGGCUUUUAUUUGAGAAGCCCGAGCGCUAUGCGGUGCCGUUGUUGGUACAUUUGGUGGAGGGGUUUAUCUGGACGAUUGUGCAGAGACUUGGUCUUUUUGACGGCACCAGACCUUUUCAGGCGGAUGAAGUGGAGUCGGGGGAGAAAACGACUUCGAUUCAGUGCGAGGCUUUAUACCCCAAGGAAUAUAAUGUGAACUCCCCGCAUAAACUUCUUAUCGAGUUUCUCUCGGAUUGCUACGUGGACAUUCGUGGGCCUGUGUCUUUUCAUCCGUCUGUGCUUCUUCUCCUGCACCACCUUGCCAUGCGAGUGGUUGAGGCACCAUCCCGAUUCUCCACGAAAGAUAGUUCCUUUUCGGAAAUGAUGCGUUGCGCCCUAUUAAUGAGUUCCAUAUGCCAUAAUUUGCAGAUUGUCAAUGAACGUCGCUUAAGUAUUGGAUCACCCGCUUUUGUGGCAUCCGCUUCUAUUGGAAAAGUUCGUCAAGGCUGGUACAAGUGUCUGUUGCAAUGGUUUCACAAGACUCCGCCUUCGUGGUACUUUACGCGAGAUCCCUCUGCCGCAGAGGAGGAGUUGGUGGUGCUUCAGAAGCUCAUAAAAGUACUUGAUGCGGAUCGAGAUGCGUUGCUGCGUUCUACGCAUGGCUUUCUUGAUUUUGACCCGUCUAAAAUUCAUGCUUGUACGGCUGCGAAGUUUACUCUUAUGGGAAGUAGUGUGCGUCAUACACUCUGUGACAUGCUCUCGGACGAUUCAGUGAAGGCGGAGGGGGUGAUUCGGGGGGUGAUCACCAGUGAACGAAACCGCCUUUUGGAUCUUAUUGCGCUAAUGAGACUUUUGGUGGAGCACGAACGCACACGACUUGCGGUGUGGCUUCGGCCACGUGUAGGGGCUGGCGCCCGGUUGGGGGAGGGGAGUUUGAAUGGCCUUUCGGAGGCCGUGUGGAGGAGGCAUUGUGAGGCGGCUGCGAGGAAUAACCCUGCGGUGUUACUGGCGUUGGUGGCAAGAUUUCCCAGUCCACAUUUAUUGGGGUCCGCCACGCGGCAUGUAACCACCAACCCCGAAGCCUAUUGCCACCUACCCGAGGCAGUUGAUCUUUACCUUAACGAGGAGGUGCUUAGGAGUGGUUAUCCCGCCCUCGGUUUAUUUACAAAUUGCACAAUUGUGCAGGCUCUUUGUUUUCUUGACAAAUCCUACACGACGCGGUACCCGCAGAUUUCAGCGUAUGCUCUUCGCAGUCUGUUGUCCCAAAAGAGUGAAAGUCUUAUAUUUUAUCUCCCACAAAUCGUACAAUUACUUUCUGGUGAUGCAUCGGGCGGUAUCGCUGUCUUCCUCCGUAAGAUGUGCGAGAAGAGUGAUAUGUUUACGCAUCAGCUGCUUUGGUCCUUGCGGACGGAAGGGGAGGGGGGAGCUGAAAUGGCAAGACGAUGCGCACAACUUGCUUCUGAUGUGGAAGAAGGACUUGUUGCCAAACGGCGGUCGUUUCACUACGGGGAGUUUUCUUUUAUUGAAAAGAUCAUCUCCGUGUCGGGUGAAAUGAGGUCUUUUGAAAAGGCAUUGCGGAAGGAAAAACUGCUUCUUCGUCUGCAUGAUGCGGAGUUUCACGAACCGGUAGAACGGCAACAUUUGUACCUUCCCACAGACACACGCUGGCGCAUUGCGGGGAUCAUACCCGAAACAGCUGCCGCGAUGCAAAGUGCGGCAAAGUGCCCCAUACUGGUCCAGUUUAAAUGCAUCCCGCGAGAUCCGGAUGAUUGCGAGGUUGCCCUGAAGAAAACGAAUGAAAAGUCACCCGCGGACACAGAGACUACCAUAAAGGCAUGUAUCUUCAAGAUGGGCGAUGAUUGCCGACAGGAUCAAAUUGCUUUACAAAUUAUUGGUCUCUUUCAGCGCAUUUAUGACGCCAUUCAGGUGCCAUCUUACUUGUAUCCAUAUCGGGUAGUGACGACUGGAAGGGACAGCGCUGUCAUUGAGUGUGUUCCUCGUGCGAUGAGCCGGGACCAAAUUGGAAAACUUGUAGAAAGCAACCUUGCAGAGUACUUUGUCCAAACUUACGGUCACCCAGAGUCUGUUACGUUUCACCGGGCCAGAGAAUGCUUUAUACGAAGUAUGGCUUCAUAUUCGGUCGCUUCUUUUGUGCUCAAUGUUAAGGAUCGUCAUAACGGCAAUCUCAUGAUUGAUGCUCACGGGCACCUCGUGCACAUUGAUUUUGGAUUUUUGUUUGACUUCUCCCCAGGGGGAGACAUUAAUUUCGAGUCGUCACCAUUCAAACUGACGGCGGAAAUGGUGCAACUUAUGGGAUGUCCUGUGGGCCGUGGAAAUGGAACGGUGCAGAGCCACUCCCUAUCAAAGGCGUUGGUGGAUCCCGAGGCGUACAAUUUGUUUAGGGAUUUAACAGUUCGCUGUUACCUUGCGGUGCGCCAAUACGCCCGUCAGAUUUGUGUACUUGUAGAGUUGAUGCUGGGCAGUGGCUUGCCCUGCUUCAAGCCCAGGAAGACGAUUCGGGAUCUCGCAUGGCGACUCUCCAUGCAGAUGAGCGAAGUAGAGGCUGCUGAAUUUAUGCUCCGGCGGAUUUCAGAAUCGAGGGGGAAUCUCCGAACGGUUCUUUAUGACAGGUACCAAAAUUUCGCGGAAGGCAUAGAGAUGUAA